AUGGUUUUCAAAAAUCCCCAUGUUCAAACCCCCUCCUCUGUGAUCCGGGUGACCCUGAGGAAUCAGAGUGCUGGUGACAGGAGGGGCGGCUGGGCUUGGGUGUCCUGAUGAGAAGAAUCAAAUGAUGACCACCAAUGUCUGGCUCAAGCAGGAAUGGAAUGACUACAAGCUGCGCUGGGACCCGGCUGAGUUUGGCAACAUCACCUCCCUCCGCGUCCCUUCAGAGAUGAUCUGGAUCCCAGACAUUGUUCUCUACAACAAUGCAGAUGGGGAGUUUGCGGUGACCCACAUGACCAAGGCCCACCUCUUCUUCACGGGCACUGUGCACUGGGUGCCCCCAGCCAUCUACAAGAGCUCCUGCAGCAUCGAUGUGACCUUCUUCCCCUUCGACCAGCAGAACUGCAAGAUGAAGUUUGGCUCCUGGACGUACGACAAGGCCAAGAUCGACCUGGAGCAGAUGGAGCGGACGGUGGACCUGAAGGACUACUGGGAGAGCGGCGAAUGGGCCAUCAUCAACGCCACCGGAACCUAUAACAGCAAGAAGUAUGACUGCUGCGCGGAGAUCUACCCCGACGUCACCUACUACUUUGUUAUCCGCCGGCUGCCGCUGUUCUACACCAUCAACCUCAUCAUCCCGUGCCUGCUCAUUUCCUGCCUCACGGUGCUCGUGUUCUACCUGCCCUCCGAGUGUGGAGAGAAGAUCACGCUGUGCAUCUCGGUGCUGCUCUCCCUCACCGUCUUCCUGCUGCUCAUCACGGAGAUCAUCCCGUCCACCUCGCUGGUCAUCCCACUCAUCGGCGAGUACCUGCUCUUCACCAUGAUCUUCGUCACCCUCUCUAUUGUGAUCACAGUCUUCGUGCUCAAUGUCCACCACCGUUCCCCCAGCACUCACAAUAUGCCCAAGUGGGUGAGGGUCGCCCUGCUAGGCCGGGUGCCCCGGUGGCUGAUGAUGAACCGGCCCUUGCCGCCUGUGGAGCUCCAUGGCUCCCCGGGUCUGAAGCUCAGCCCCACGUAUCAUUGGCUGGAGACCAACAUGGAUGCGGAAGAAAGGGAGGAGACGGAGGAAGAGGAAGAAGAGGGAGAAGAUGAAAACAUAUGUAUGUGUGCAGGCCUCCCAGACUCUUCCAUGGGUGUUCUCUAUGGCCACAGCAGCCUGCAUCUGAGGGCCAUGGAGUCUGAAGCCAAGGCUCCCUCCCAGGCUAGUGAGAUCCUGCUGUCACCUCAAAUACAGAAAGCACUAGAAGGUGUACACUACAUUGCUGACCACCUGAGGUCUGAGGAUGCUGACUCUUCGGUGAAGGAAGAUUGGAAGUAUGUGGCAAUGGUGGUAGACCGGAUAUUCCUCUGGCUAUUCAUUAUCGUCUGCUUCCUGGGGACCAUCGGGCUCUUCCUUCCUCCAUUCCUGGCUGGGAUGAUCUGACUUCGUGUCCCUCAUGUUGGCUCCAAGGUGGCCUGGACAACCAUCUUCUAGUCUUCUGUGACUGGAGCCAUCUCUAGAAUAUUCUUUUGACUUAAUACUAUCUGCCUGCGAUGUAUCUACGAGACCCCCAACCUAGCCUGGACUCCAUAUCCUCCUUGCAGCAGCUCAUGGUGCCAUUGUGGUGACAAGCACUGAGACCACUCAACAUGACAACUAUUUAGGGAUGCUGAGGGACUCGAAGAGGUGAAGGCUGCUCUGCAGGGAGUGACAACAUGGUGGUGACAUGGGAGAGGCAGGUUAUUCCUGAAAGAGCAUAUAGGAGCUGCAUAUGGCAAAAGGAUCAAACAAAGGGAUGGAGGGGUCAGACCAGGGCAAAGGGAAAUGGAACACUGUGGAUUCAGAAUGUCAGAGAAGACAGGCAGCUGGGGUGGAGAGGCUGGGAGGCAGGUUGGGGUAUUUUUAAUCCAGGCCCAGGAAGAAGCUCAGAGUCUGCUCUGAACCUGCCUCUAUGUGCUUUGCAGGAAAUGUCCACUUCCAGAAGGAGUGGGGGCACAACGAAAGUUCUAGAGCAGUGGUUCUCAACUUGAGCUGCAACCCUUCUGGGAGUCAAACGACCCUUUCACAGGGGUCACAUAUCAGAUAUACUGCAUAUUAGAUGGUUACAUUAUAGCUCACAACAGUAUCAAAAUUACUGUUAUGGGGUUGAAACGAAAACGGUUUUGUGGUUGGGGUCACCACAACAUGAGGAACUGUCAAGGGUCAUAGCAUUGGGCAGGUUGAGAACCACUGAUCUAGAUGCCCUGGUGGAUGCUUGAGGCAGAAGAACAGCAACAUUAGGGACAAGCAGCAGGGCCAUUCAUCUGAAAGCACCUUAGAGCCCCCAAGUUCCCCUCAGCACCAUGUCUCACUGUCCUAUGCUACAAAAACGAGGUUCAAGGCCACCUUCAAAUCAUCAAGUGAAUGAAGUCAGAAGGCAGUCUCCAAUGUUGGCGCCCUUACUAUCCAUGGGGCCUGGUCCCCAAUCCCUGCUCUGUCAGCAUGCCUUGCAUAGGAACUGAGAUCUUUGCUUCAAGCUCUUUCAAUUGUGUGCUCCUUCAGGGCACAGUCUCUGCUUUUAUUAUUUUCACUCAGCCCAAGCUGGGUGAGAGAGCUCAGCACGUGGACCCUUCCAUCCUGAGUAGUGGAGAGAAACCAACCCAGUUGCUUUGGGCUCCAGAACUGCUACACAAUAUCAAAGCUUUCUUCCUCAGCCUUCCCAAGGCCCCAUCAGGUGACUAACCUGCUCUGAACUGGUCUGUGUAGCUUUUUCUUGUACUUGUAAUAUUCCAUGACCCUUCACUGCAGAGGAGCCCAGGGAAUUGAGCCUUUUAGAACAUUCUCCAGUCCCCAAGGAAUUAGACUCCAGAAACUAACAGUAAUGGGAUUCAGGGUCACUAACAGAUAUAGAGACCAAGGUAGGAAGCCAAGUAGGGCAAGUUUGUUCUCUGUCUUAGGGUGCUCUCCUUGUGAACCCCACACACAGCACCUUGACACACCUAGGAGAUCUUCUUGCCAGAGGCCUUACCCAGACUCCCCAUUACCAGUUAUAACGACACCCCACUCAGUCUCAGGCCUUGGCUCCCCCUUUCUCCACUGAGUACAACCUGUCCCUCCCUUCUCUAUGUCAAGCCCAAGACAUGAUUUCCUGACGGGCGAUGCUUGUCGGAUUAUCCAUUUCUCCCAUCCUCCUUGCAUGUGAGUGGAAUGUCAAAAUAAAGCUGAAAUGGCUGCUGUCA